AUGCCGUGUAUUACGUCUGUUAAUCUGGGAACUGUUUUCGGACACAGCGGUCCAAGCCGUACCUCUCGAGGCGUCGAUGCUCAUCUUCUCGUGAUCCCACAACUAAUCCAAGUUCGGUUCCAGCGCAGUAGACCCACUAACCGCUCGACCACGGAGAUUGUGGUGGACCGCGUUAUUCUCGAAGCCUUUACCUUCCAUGCUUCGAUGAGUAUCCCGUUCCAGAAACCGACUACGCGACCCAUGGCCAUCGAACUGGCAUUGUCAUUGGCGGAAAGCUGUCUCCAGGAUCAAUGCCACGACGAGGUCUUCUAUCAUUCCCGUUCUCCAGUUCUCAGCGUCUCUCUGAAACUCUUCGUCUGCAUUCGUGAAAUCGCACUCAUGUAUCAAUGUUCUCUGGAUGGAGUGGAUCUCUCUCGAUGCUAUGAAUUGCAAGAAACCGUCACCCAGUUAGAACAAAAAGUCUCCAUGCGCAUGUCGGAUCGUCCGACCCCUCUAUACCACAGCCCCUAUAUCCCGUUCCCCAACCAGACCUCCUCAGUCUCCGACUCUAUCUCGUCGUAUCGAGGAGCCUCCUCGAGCAAAUGA